AUGGACAAGAUUAAGGAUUUGCUUAAGAGCAAAUCGGUCGACGAAGAAGUCACCGUUGUCAAACACCCAGACUUCGAAUCUGGUGACGAAAAGCUCCCAGUUAACUUGGCUGUCUCCAAGUCCCAGGAAUUUGACCCAGUCACUUCCAACCUCCUCAGUGAUGUUCUUAAUGAUGAUUACGCAGCUAUUGUUGUUGAAGAUGAUUCUCCUUAUGCUGAAGUCAGAGCUUCCGUUCCUUCCACUGAUGACCCAACCCUUCCACAAAACACCAUCAGAAUGUGGGUCAUUGGUAUGAUCUUGACCACCCUUGGUUGUGGUAUGAAUCUUUUGUUCUCAUUGCACGCACCAUCUUUCAACAUUACCACCUACGUCACAUCCAUCUUGGCUUGGCCAAUGGGUAGAUUAUGGGCUUGGUGUAUGCCUAACAUUAACAUCUUUGGUAUGCCUCUUAACCCAGGUCCUUUCAACAUCAAGGAACACACCCUUAUCACUAUUAUGGCUAACGUCUCCUUCAGUUCUGGUCCAGCCUACACCACUGAUAUCUUGCUUUCUCAAAACAGAUUCUACGGUUCUGAUUUCGGAUGGGGAUUUGACCUUCUUGCUGUGUGGAGUACCCAAUGUAUUGGUUUCGCCUUUGGUGGUGCUGUCAGAAAGAUUUUGGUUGAGCCAUCUUCUGCUAUUUGGCCAUCUAACUUGGUUACCACCACUUUCUUAACCAACAUGCAUAUUAACGAAAAUCACCCAGCUGAUGGUUGGAAGAUUUCUCGUCUCUUAUUCUUUACUUUCGUCUUUAUUGGAUCUUUCGUUUACUACUGGUUCCCAGGUUUCAUUUUCCCAGCCUUGUCCAGUUUCUCUUGGAUCACUUGGAUCAAGCCAGACAACGUUAUUCUUGGUCAACUUUUUGGUUCAUCUACUGGUUUAGGUAUGUUCCCUAACAGUAUUGCUUUGGACUGGAACGCCAUUGCUGGUUACGUUGGUUCUCCAUUAAUUCCACCUGUGAGUACCAUUGCAACUAUCUUUUCUUCCAUUGUCAUCAUUUUCUGGAUUAUUGUUCCAGCCAUUGCUUACUCCAAUGUUUGGUACUCUAAAUACUUGCCAAUUUCCUCUGCUUCAUCUUGGGACAGAUUUGGUAAGCGUUACAAUGUCUCUAGAAUUAUUGACAGAAAGACUUUGACUUUCAACCAAGCUGCAUACGAAUCCUACUCUCAACUUUACUUGGCUCCAACUUUUGCCAUUUCUUACGGUUUGUCUUUCGCUGCCAUCACUUCCACCAUUGUGCACACUGUUUUGUUCCAUGGUAGAGAAAUCAUCCAACAAAUCAAGCAACAAGAAAAGCCAGAUGUCCAUCAAAGAUUGAUGAAAGCAUACACUCCAGUCCCAGAAUGGUGGUACCUUAUUGUUUUCCUUAUCUUCUUUCCAAUGUCCAUCGUUACUAUCAGAGUCUGGAACACUGAAAUGCCAAUUUGGAGUUUGGUUGUUGCUUUGUUGAUUGCCGUUUUCUUCUUGCUCCCAGUCGGUGUCAUUUACGCCAGAACUAACAUCGCUGUCGGUUUGAACGUUAUUACCGAGUUCCUUGUCGGUUACAUGGUUCCAGGUAAGCCACUCUGUAUGAUGUUCUUCAAGACUUUCGGUUACAUUACCAACAACCAAGCCGUUACCUUUGCUCAAGACAUGAAGUUAGGUCACUACAUGAAGAUCGCUCCAAGAACCUUGUUUGCUGCUCAAUUUGCUGCUACCAUCUGGGGUUCUUUGGUUCAAGUUGCUGUUUUGAGAUGGGCUUAUGGUGCCAUUGAAGACUUGUGUGCUCCAGAUCAAAAGAACAAUUACGUUUGUCCCGGAGGUACUGUUUUCUUCAACUCCUCUAUCAUUUGGGGUGUUAUCGGACCACAACGUCAAUUCUCUCCUGGUCAAGUUUACUAUAAGUUAUUGUUCUUCUUCAUUCUUGGUGCCCUUCUUCCAAUUGUCUCGUGGCUCAUUUUGAAGAAGUGGCCAAACUCUCCAAUUAGAUGGAUGAACUGGCCAGUCUUCUUCUCUGGAACUGGACAAAUUCCACCAGCCACCGCAUACAACUAUGCAUCCUACUGUGCUGUCGGAUUGUUCUUUGGAUGGUUCGUCAAGAGAAAGUGGUUCCACUGGUGGACCAAAUAUAACUACUCCUUGUCCGCCGGUUUGGAUAUCGGUUUGGCUUGGUCCUUGUUGAUUAUUUUCUUGUGUUUGAACUUAACGAACACUGAAAUGCCAUCCUGGUGGGGUACCACUGUUAUCGACACCCUCGAGGCUAACGGUAAAGCCAUCAGACAUCCAUUGGCACCUGGUGAAUCAUUUGCUGACAAGUUUCCUGCUCUUCCCUCCAAGAAGUUGGUUGGGAAGAACAUGGCUGUCCCUCCUUCCAACAAGGAAUGGGCCAAUGGUGUUUGUGGUCGUCUCAACAUGACCACUUCCUCUUUUGAAGAGAAGGCUCCUCACCAGAGCAGAACCCCUGGUGCAAUUGCACCCACUUGGGCUGAAGCAUUGUUUGAAAAGAAAAGCUCUCCAACGAAGAGCGAAGCUUCCAAGUUGCGCGAGAAGCAGUGCUACACUGUGAAGAAACGCUCCAAGAAAACUGGAACUAAGGUUGAUGCUGGUAUGGAAAUGCCAACCAAGGCUACUGAAGUUGAUAAUGGUAUGAUUGAGCCAAUUGUGGCUGCUGAAGUUUCGGAGGAAACUAAUGUUGAUGUUGGUAUGGAAAAGCUGUUUGUGGCAGGUGAAGUUGCAAAGGCAAAAAAUGUUGAUGAAGGUAUGAUUGAGUCAAGUGAGUCUACUGAAGUUGAUGACGGUGUGAUUGAGCCAAUUGUGGCUGCUGAAGUUUCGGAGGAAACAAAUGUUCAUGUUGGUAUGGAAGUGGCAAAUGAUGUUUCGAGGGAAGAAAUUGUUGAUGGUAUGGAAAAGCCAAGUGAGGCUACUGAAGUUGAUGCUGGUAUGAUUGAGCCAAUUGUGGCUACUGAAGUUUCGAAGGAAACAGCUGUUGAAGUUGGUGUAAUCAAGUCUAUUGCUUUUGCUCGCAUGAUUAAUCCUAAUGAUUGUUUAAACAUUAGAGCACCUAAAUUUUCCAAGAGCAGGGCCAGAAAGAACAAAAAGAAGUCCGGAAAGGCCAAAAAGGCCAAAUCCUCCUGUUUUAUUGAACACAUGGAGAAUGAAAAGGGACACCAAACAAAUGAUGAAGUUGAUGCAGACAUUGCCCACUUAGAGACCGAUGAGCUCGACACUCAUGCAGACACUUCGCACUUCGACACUGUUGAGGAAAACACUCCUGACGUUGCUGAAGAAGAUCCAGGCAUUUUACACUUAGACACUGUCGAUGCCGAUACACCUGAAGUCGAUGCUGAAGAAUUAAAUUUCUUCUUGGACCUAGAGACCAUCGAAGAUGUCGAAGAGGCCGACACACCUGAAGUUGAUGAUGAAAAAGUAAAAUUCGUCUUGCGCUUAGAGACCAUUGAAGAAGUCGAAGAGGUCGACACGCCUGACGUUGAUGCUGAAGAAGUCAAAUUGAAUUUGUACUUAGGGACGACCGAAGAGGUCGACACUCCCAGCGUUGCUGCUGAAGAUGAUGCAGACGCCACGCACUUCGAAGCUAAAGCUAAUGGAAAGGCAACCGAUACUUGCGUUAAUGUUGAAGCUACCCAAACCCUUACGCAAUUACUAGGCAUUGGGAUGGUCACUAGUCCUUGCUUUGAUGAAGUUGAAGUAGUUGAAGUUAUCACGCCCUUGGUUGACAUUGGGAUGGCUACCAAUUCUAGCGCUGAAGCUACUAAAACUCUUAUGCAAAUACCGGACAGUGAGAUGACUAACCAACCCGAUGCAGAUGCUGCCCAAAGUACCAUGCUAGCGAAGUCUAAUGAGGCAGACACUCAUAGUAUUGAGGUUCUUGAGACUGCAGAAAUCCUUUUGCAAUUAGCAGCCAGUGGAAGUUACACAAACAGCGCCGAGGCACAAGACAUUACCUAUAUGCCAGACAGAGGGAAGGAUACCAACCAGAGCAAUGUCUGCUCAUUACCUCCAUUGGAGUUGGAAGCUGAUGCAGCGACUGACGCUUUUGGAGGAGGCGGUACAAUUGAAACAGUUCACUUAGAAGGCUGUGCAAACACAAACGAAUUUUCCGAUGCUGCUCCACAAGAUUUUAUUGAAUUACAAUCAUUCGUGAAGGAAAACUAUUCUAGCAAGAAUGAUUUCAUUGGGACGGGAUCUGAAUUAGAAGGGGUGGUCGAAAAAACUGGCGAACACCUUCUUGAAUUUCCCAUGAACUUAGCUUCCAGUGGAAAGGUAAACCAUCCUAGCCUUGAGUUCCUUCGGGAUAUUAUGAUUACAAUUCUUGUUGUUCUUCUUGUAUGGAGCAUUAAGAAUAGUGUCAUUCUAAAGGCCUACUUAUUCUAUUACCUCUUCAUUCUGGAUUCUGGAAUGAAUUUCACUCCUGGAAUGUCCUGGAACUUUGGAUCUUUGUGUGAAAUUGAUUACACCGCUCAUGUUGAUGUUUUGGAGGGUAUUCCCAAGAGAGAAAUAAUGGCUGAGAGCACAGACGUCCCUGACGAGGUUGAUGUCCAACUUUCUCCUAGAUCUUCAAACUUGGUUGAGAACCCCGAGGCAGAUUAUGAUGAAGGCGUAAUACCAUUUGAUCUGAAAGAAUUAUUCACGAAAUCAGACUUACAUCUUGAGACUCAAGAUAUCGUUUCUGUAACCAAAAAUUAUCUUCAAGUUUUCCCUAACGGUCUCGCCUUAUUUUCCAAUGAGCAGGCAAGUACACUCCAGUUCCAGGGUCUUGAUGCUAGUGUGAGAAGUUCUCCAAUCAUAAAGUUAGACUAUUUCUCGAAUGGGUCCACAUCGCCUACCAAACUUUCCUUGAGAAGUUUCAAGCCUGUCGAUACAUCAGCAAGUUUUGAGGGAAACUCCAAAGAUGCAUACUUCCUUUUAGAGGUCCAACAAUCCAUCGAUGCACUUGAACUUGAUUCUACUCACCAGAAUGUACUAAAUCCAGAACCUAAGUUGGACUGGAUCAAACACUCCGAGGCAUACACCGAGGCAAGAGUUGGGGGACUCGAGCCUAGGUAUGCAACGAGCAGUGGUAUUGAAUUUGGUAUGAUGGUAGUAGUAGUUCUCCAGUUGCUAGUGCUUAUGGUGGAUUGUGUGGUUUCAAAGACUUCGUUUCCUCGGUUUCAACAACUUGGCUUGUGGACAGCAUUCAGCAUUGUCUCAUGGCUUUUAUUCAGAUAA